AUGUACAAGAGUGCUCUCCCAUUACUAAAGGAUAAACAAUUUAUUGAGGGGUUUAGAAAAUAGAUUUUCCAAUUGGAAAGUGAAAUAUUUAGAGCAGCAGCAUCAAUUCCUAGGGAAAGAGAUGUUAGAAAAUAUAAAUCACAGGUGAUGUAUAUUCAUAGUGAAAUGAUAGCAGAAGAGACUGACUUACUUAAGCUAAAUGCUGCUUACCAUGAAUUGAUCAAACUCAAUUAAAAGUUGAAACUAUUUUGGUAUUACCCAGGUAGACCUCUUGCCAAAAAAAUGACUGAAAACGUUUCCUUCUAACAAUUUUCAAAUAUUCAAGAGCCUGUCUCUUAUUAAUAAACAAAAAGCUCACUUACACCUGCCCAACAGUAGCAAAAGCAAAAGCUUGAGCAGCAGUUUUCUGUAGUGACACCUCUAAUCAUUGUCUACAUCAAGCAGAUGUUCAUCAUGUUUUUCCUAAAGGUGACACUCUACUAGAUUGAGGAAAAUGGAAUGGGCAGAAAUGAAAAGACAAUCGCCUAUCUUUUCUUAGUGAUCUACUACAUUUUGUACUUUAACAGUCUCUACAAGUUUGGUAACUCAUUCUACAACAUCAUGAAGAACUCUCUUAUUGAUGAGACCGAUAUAAUGAUGCUUGAGCUCAUAGGUACAACUGUAUUUGGACUCCUGUACUUGCUCUAUGGAGUACUAUAUUGUACUACUUUCAAGAAUGAAGGAAAUACUUACUAUGGAGAGUGUUGCAUUGGUGUUGGAGUUUCUAUAUUCAUACAGUGCUUCCUGCUUAGAAAGUUUUACAUGGCUUAAUAGUCAAGACUAUAAGAUGAUAAAAAAACUAAUUGA